AUGGCGGAGAAAGGCUGGGACAGAUUAACAGGACCUCCCAACGAUGACAGCCUCCUAUGGAAGAUCUGGCACUGGGACAGAUUCUUCGAAGCAGACGCGCCGCCCCGACUCGGAAUCAAGCUCAGAAAGCGUGUUCUAUACAUGUCCGCAUCUGCCUGGUCUGCCGGUAUGAUGAUCGGAUACAUGCACGGCAGCAAGACCGCAUCCUACCGGUUUCGAGCCGAAAAUGCCCAUCGCUUUCCCGAUGCGGCGCGGGGGUGGUAUCAGUAUCACAAGUCGAAGAACUACCAUGCAUUCUUGCAGGGAUCUAGUCAGGGCAUGAAGAUGGGGUUUAGACUGGGUGCUGGUGCUUUGUGUUUCUGCUUGUUGGAGGAGGUGGUGGAUUACGCUCGGCAUGAUCAGAGAGAUUUUCUGUCGACGGUUACGGCGGGAUUGUCAAUGUCGGGAAUUUACAGUGUGUUAGCGCGACAGGAUAUCUACACGGCUGCUCGUUCGGCCAAGACUGGUCUGAAGUUGAGCUUGGCUUAUGGCAUUGUGCAAGACGUGCUUGAGUCCUGGCAAGGAACUCGUCCUGCUUAUAUCGAUAUCGUUCUGGGAAGUCGUCGCUCGAAGACGGAGUGA